CUGCCCCCGCCUCCUUCCGUCUGAUCCGCGCUCUCCCGCGGCUGCGCCGGCUCGGCCGCCCGGGAGACAAAGCACCGCCGAUGCCGCCGCCGCAACCGAGCAGUUCCCGGGCCAUGGCCGGGCCGCUCCCCGGCUCCGCGUCUCCUGUCCUGCCACUGCUGCCGUCGCCCUAGUCCGCGCCGUGAGGUUUUUGAGCACCAACUACAUGCCAGGCACUGGAAUUCAGACAGAGAACCUCCGCCCUCCUAGAGCAGCAAAAAUGACCCAGAUGUGGAAGCAGAGGCCCAGAGAGGCUUAAAGCUUGCCCGGGGUCACACAGCCUGGACACUACAGAGCUGACAUUUGAACCCAGAGAAGAGCAAGCCGAAACCAGAACUGAGCAGAGGGCAGGGAAGUGAGCAGUGGCCUGAGAGGUCCCGAGCCCCCAGGCCCCGCCGCCAUGAAGCUGAACGAGCGCAGCCUGGCCUUCUACGCCACCUGCGACGCCCCGGCCGACAACGCGGGCUUCCUGUACAAGAAGGGCGGCCGGCAUGCGGCCUACCACCGCCGCUGGUUUGUGCUGCGCGGCAACAUGCUCUUCUACUUCGAGGACGCGGCCAGCCGUGAGCCCGUGGGCGUCAUCAUCCUGGAGGGCUGCACUGUGGAGCUGGUGGAGGCGGCCGAGGAGUUCGCCUUCGCCGUGCGCUUCGCUGGGGCCCGGGCCCGCACCUACGUGCUGGCGGCCGAGAGCCAGGCCGCCAUGGAGGGCUGGGUGAAGGCGCUGUCGCGGGCCAGCUUCGACUACCUGCGGUUGGUGGUGCGCGAGCUGGAGCGGCAGCUGGCAGCCGUGCGCGCAGGCGGCGGCCCAGCCCCGCCCCGCCGACCCCGCGCGCUCCCGCCCAAAGAGAACGGCUGUGCCGUGUGGAGCUCGGAGACGCCCGCCGCCCCCAGCCCCCGGCCCGGCCCCGAGCCCCCGCCACUGCCGCCCCGCCGGCGGGCCUCGGCGCCCAACGGGCCUCUCGACUCGGCCUCCUUCGCCCAGCUGCACGAGUGGUACGGGCAGGAGGUCAGGGCGCUGAGGGGCCAGUGGCUCCGCAGCCAGGCCCAGCCCUGAGGAUGGGGCUGAGGGCCGGAACCAAGAGGAAGCGGUCAAGGCCAGCCUUGAGGCCAGCACUGGUCAUGGUUCUGGUGCCACUCCAGCCCCAGGCCCUGCUCUGACAGGCCCAGCCCUGAGACACGGGGACCUGGUCCUGAGGGCGGUUGCAGUCGGCGUAAGGCCUGAGGUCCCUGCCUGGUCUUCUCUCGGGGACUCAGGCUCGGAGAAGAUGCUGGGUUCUGAGGGGUGCUUUGGGACCUCUGUCAUUCAGAGAAAGCCCAGCCUUGAGGAGGCCAUCGUGCCUGAUCCUCAGGAGAAUCCAGGCCCUGGGUGAUCCUCAAGCAGCCGGAGGGCUGGUUUUGUGGGAACUGUAGCCCCCAACCCAGCCCUGCAGGUGCCUCCAUCGCCUGUCCCGAAUCACCUAGCUGAGGCUUGUUGCUGGCAACAGGCAUCCACUGGGGCAGCUGGGACCUGUGAGGAUCUGUGGCCUGGAAGGCACAUGCCCAGUCAGCGCUGGUCCAGAGGCUCCAGACUGGGCCUCACGCGGACAGGAGGCUGGGCUGGGCUACACCACACCUGGGCCUGACCCUGUGGCUCCAAGACCCGCCGGAGGAGCUGCCUGGCUGCCGCCUGCCUGCCUGCCCCCAUAAACGUGGGCUUUCAUGUGUGCCCAGCACCGUGGGAUGGCCGGGUCCCCGGGGCUCCCGGCCCGGAGUGAGGCCGAGGCAGCACUUUCCCUUGGGGCCUCAGCCAGGCCUCGAGGUGGUGCUCCUGGGACCGUAGCGGCCCUCUGGCUUCGGGCCACAUCUGUGCUCCUGUGGCAGCCCUCACGCUCUCCCAGCACUGCUUAGCCACAUCCUCUGUCUUUUCCCAGAGCCAGCCUGGGGCGGGGCCUCUCGGGAGCUCGCCUGACCUCGUCCAGUCCUGGACUGGGCAGCUGUGGCCUGAGCUGACUUUCCAGCAGGUUCCCCUAGGGAGGAGGGGCCAUGAGCUGAUUCACGGCCCAGAAAGGGCCCAGGUGCCAAUCUGACAGGGGCAAAGAAGCAGCUGCAAAGCCGUAUUUGGCUUCCAGAACCCUCUCCCUCCAUCACAGCCCCUCUCUGAGCUCACAGACUCAGCCCCCUUCUCGCCCACAAUAUUCCAAGAGGGAGACCAGGUUUCGCUUUGCUUCGAGACCAACUUGUUUUUCACUCACUACAGUGGUCGUUCUUCAUCCAGGGAGAAUCUCGGGGGGCUGGGACACCCCUGGCCCUCAAGCUGGGUCAUGUUUACAGUCCUCAGUGCCCCCAAAUUGGGACCCCCUGAGGACACCCCUGCCCUAAUCUUUAUUUCCCCUGAGGCUCCCUCUUGGUGACAGACAGACUCGGCCCUUAGCCGCUUCCUGCUGCCUUUGGAGACCUUGGACCUUGGGGAAGAAUGGGGAGCUGUCUGUGUGUCUGCAAUCACCAGCUCACUGCUGGCUCAGUUGACUGGAGCUUCAGGUUUAAUUUAAAUACUUAGGGUGUUUUUUUUCCUAGCAACAAAGCUUGGUGUUUUCACUGCUUUUGUUCCUUGUUGGCUGGUGGGAAGGGAUAGGGUGCCUGGUUCUGGGUUUGGCCAGUGAGGGGGGGCGGGGAUAGUUGGCACUGCCCCCAGGGAGAGGGCAAGGAGCCUUGGCUGGAGACACAGGAACCUCAAGAAUCUCACCUGGUUCUUUGCCUUCUCCCUGGCAAGCCCUGCUCUCCUGCAGGUGCUCUGGGGGUCUUGGUACGCUUUCCAUGCCCCUCUUCCCCAAGUCCUCAGUGGUGGGGAUGGGGAUGGCAGCUCUUGUCCACAGGCUUUGGGUCUCAGGGGGUGUUAGGAACUGCCCAGUGCCCAUGUCCUGGCCAGACCUAGCUGGUGUGGUGAGGUGUUGGCCCCAGUCCUGGUGUAGGUUUACAAGCACUAAAGGUACAAUCUCCUCCCACCCACCCCCAAAGCACAACCUGCGGUCAGGCUACCUCCAGAGAUGGGCUGGGGAGAGAUAAUCAGGCAGCCUGGGAGAGGGAUAUAAAGGCUAAAAUAAAAUAAACAAAGGUUUGUCAAGUAAUGGCUGGUUAUAUCAUUCUUUUCCCCCAUCAAAGUCCUGGAUUGAUUUGCCUGGCAGAGCCAGGGGCAGGCCCUACAAGAGAAGCGGCUAGAGUGUGCUGAGUGCUCCCUGAUGCUCUGUCAGGCACAUUCUUACAACCUCUAUGGCAGAUACUGGCCCCCUUUUACAGAUGAGGAAACUGAGGCUCAGAGGGGUUAAGAAAUCUUCCAAGUUCACACAGCUGAAAAGUGUCAGAGCAGGGACAUAAACCUCUGGAAUCCUGUGGGAAAAGGCAGAGUCUUUGAGAGGAAUAUGAGGAAAUGGAGUCCCAAAGUUCCUUUUCAGAGGGGAGAGAAGGCAGGGGUAAAGAUGAGGAUAAAAAGUCAACUGUGGGCUGAAGGCCUGACAAUUGGGAGGGAUGCCAAAGGGAAAAGCCAAAAUUUGGCUCUUCUCACUGAUCAGUUCCUGGUGGCUGCCUCUGGGCCUGGAGUGAGGAGGAUUCUGGCACCAAUGCUAGUUCAGAGGGAAAUAUCCUGUGAUUGAUUAGUGAUGUCUGCUGUGAGCAAAGGGCGGAUGGUGGCAGUAUUUAUGAUGUAUAUCUGUUAUCUCAGCCUCAAGUGUGUUUGCUGGGCUAAUGGAAGGUUUACAGAUGGGAAGGGGCUGGCCCAAGGUCAUCUAGUAUGAUAGACUAGGCCCUAGGUCCUCUUGAUGUGGAUCCAGAGCUUGGUCACAUGUCUCUUGCCAGCCUGGAAAAAUCAUGCACAUUCAGGAAAAUGUGGCUUAGGAUGAGCAACCUACAGUCCUUGGUCUGCAGAACAAGUUCAAAGAGUGAGAAAAAUACCAAGGUCAGGGAAUCACAUUACUCGUGAGCAAACAGUACAUGCUGAGUAAUUCCUUCCACCUCUCCUGGGACCCCAGCUGAUAGACGGGGUUGGGGAAGUGCCUCCCCACAUAGGCUGAGUCAGGAUGCUGCCCGUGGCAUUUGUGACCGCGGCCACUGCAAGGCCUGAGGCACAGAAUGGGGGAAAUAGCCGGAGAGGCAGCCCCAAGAGGGAGGGUCACAGGUGAGCCCUCACCUGCCUGGCUUCUGAGGAAUGAAACGGGGAGGGGUGACAAGUCAGUGUUGUGUGUCCACCUGCUAACAGUGUUUCCUCUUGACCCUGGGGAGGUGUUCGGGCCAUGAGCCUGAGGAAGACCACAGCAUCCCAGGAGUGUGACAAAGUUGAGGAAGUUGUCUUCACUCGAACAGUGUUUGGAGGAUACUGUAUGUGUUCAGAAGGAAUAUUCUGAGAAGCCACUUGGGGUAGGGGAUGAGAACCUCAAGGAGGGCAAUUAGGCCAGAAGUAAUGGGCUCACUGCCCAACAUCCAGCCACGCUAAAUGAUUAGUCAAAUUCUGUCAGUUGUGCUACUCCCAUUUGAUAUUCAGGGACUGGCUAAACUUGACCUGCUAAAGAUGGCUGUGUGUUGGGGGUGGGUGAGAUGAGUGAAGGGGGUCAACUGUAUGGUGAUGGAUGACAACUAGAUUUGUGGUGGUGGUC